AUGCCUUCCCGCCACUUGUCCGCUCGCGGCGCGCAACGGCGCGCCUCAGCAGGUGCGGCGCCCGGCGGACGGAACGGUAGCCUGGGAGGAGAGCCCUUAGAACUGGAGAAGCUGUCUCCACAGGAGGUUUUGGUGAACAUCUACGACAGUGCAGAGCCGGAGCUGAGUACAUUGCGCCGUUGUGCCAUCCAACGACUACUCAAGGAUUCUUAUGCAGGAAUCGAGAUCUAUGGCCGCGAGUGGGGCUAUCAUUUCACUGAGGAGGAUGUCACCGGCAUCUCCGAAUGUGAACCUCGGCGCUGCGAGGGGCGCGUGUAUCGGGCCACCCUGGAGAUGGGUCCAUGUCGCCUCUCCGAGCAGGAGGUUCUCCAGAUGAUCACGAAGAUGUCCAGAUCGUGGAGGGGCGCUGAAUACAACUUGGUCCACAACAACAGUUUGGACUUCGGCGACACGCUCUGCGAAGCCUUAGGUGUUGGUCGACUCCCGCGCAAUAGCUCCCUCUGUGGCUCCAGUGAGGGCAACGACCUCCGCUGUUCCCUGAAGCAGUUCGGCUUCCACUCCAUGGCCGAGGGUGUGUUGAGCAUGCUGGGCCUCACUUCUGCGUGUCGUGCUUGUGAGGGCGAGACUGAAGAGCUCCCGGUGGCCAAGGCCAUGUGCAAAACCGCACUGCGACAGCGAGCGCCAGCCAAACAGUUUUCUUUGAGAGUGGAUGAGAGCGGUGCGAUUGUUUCAACAUCGCGUCAUUCGUGUGAUUUUGGACAGUUCUUGGGUGCUUUGGGUGCCUUUUCUGUGGCUUUGCAUACCGUUGCCAUUUGGUUUCGUAGCCACCGGGAGCCACGUUGCGUCACGAGUGGCCACGGCCGGUGGUGGCCAUGGUGCAUGGAGAUCUCACGGCUGCUGCAGCAGGUGCAGCAUGGGCAAGCCGAUUUAGUGGACUUCACCAAGCUGUUGGCCAGUUAUGGCCGUGUUCAGCAGUGGCCAAAGACGUUGGCCGCCUUAAUCGCAUUGGAAUCUGCUCCAUACCUCUCCGCAGAUACGACUGUCUACAAUGCGGCGGCAGCAGCCUGUGCGAAGAGUGGCGGGAAGAGCAGAUUGUGGGCCUGGGCGCUGGAGAUUUUAGCUUUGCCUGUGAGAUGCCGAGUCCAGCUGGAUCAUGUCUCCUCUGGAGUGAUGAUGUCAGCCCUGAAGAGAGGCUCACAGAUCUCCAAGGCUUCAGAGUUCUUGGGACAGCUCUCGCGCAACUCCAUACAGAUAGGUGUGCAGACCUACAACAUUCUCAUCUCUGCCUUGGUCGACUCUGCUCGUUGGCCUGAAGCUCUUGGACAAUGCGCGCAGCUGCGGGCGAACGGCUUGGAGUUGGAUGACUUUACUCGAACCACUUUGUUGUCUUCUCAACGGGAAGCCGAUGCUUGGCGUCGAGGAUUGGAGCUGAUGAAAGGUGGCGGGGCUGAGGCUGUGCGCGCGUCGAUUCAAAUGGUGGGAAUGGCCAGUGCUUGGGCUCUGGGCCUAAUUUGCUAUCGACGGUGCCCUGGCGCUGGGCCGCUGGCAGCACUGGCCGUGCAUCGUUGGCAGAGUGCUUUGGAGGAGCUGCCGAAGAUCCCGCUCCAGAGCCGUGACUUCCUGGCGCUGCUGAAGGCACCGAUCCCAGUGGAGCAGCUCUGGUGGGCACAGCGGGCACAGGGCCGUGUGUAUGGCGCAUCGCUCCCGGUCUAUGGCGCGGUCCUUGGCCGCUGUGGAGAGGAUCGGAACUGGAUCCUGUCUUUGGAUAUCUUGGAUAGCAUGCGCAGUGCCAACGUGCAGCCUGACUGUUUGUGCAUCUCAUCCAUCUUGGAUUCCACCAAGACUGAGCUCCAGACGGGCCAGACUGUGGGGACUGCCUGGCGGGUGGCCUUGUUCGUUGGAGAAGAAUUCUGUGAGGAGCUUCAAGGCACAGCCCAAGACCAGGAUCUCCUGGGCUCUGUGAAUCUCCAAGCCCUUGGUGUGGAGCGUUGGACCUUGGCGCUUCAGCGGCUUCGGCACCUGCGCCUCGCCACGCUGCGGCCGCAGCAGCUGAGCUUCACGAGCGCCGCAGCUUCCGCAGCUUCCGGUCCGUCGGAAUGGAAGCAGACGCUACAGACAUUGCAAGAGGCACAGGACUGGGCAGUGGAUCCCAACAACUCACUCCUCAGCUGCUGCGCAUCUCACUGGCGCGUCACGUGGGAACUCCUCAAAAGUGCUGCCAGAUCCCAGGUGCAGAUCUACACCAGCUAUUUCAAUGCAUGCGCAGGGACUUUUGCAUCAGCUUCCUUGUGGGAUGAAGCCCUCGACAUGAUGCAGAGGCUCUCCUCGCGCUCCUUGGAGCCAGAUGGUGUGAGCUUUCGCUCCCUGGUCAAAGGCGCCUGGGAAGAAGCGCUAGGCUUUCACUCGAAAUCUUUGGACAUCUUGGAGAUCAACGCAUUGGCCCAAAGCACUGGCCCAAAGCACUGGCAGCGAUGCUUGGAGGUCCUCUUCCAGGCGAGGUCACUUGGAGUUGAACCCGACUCAGUCUCCCGGCUCCUGCAAUUGAAUGCACAAUCAUGUAGCACCUCGAUAGAGAAAUGGCAGCUAUCCAUGUCCAUUGUGGCCAAUGCCGAGGGCAACACCAAUAUUUUGUAUCAGGUUGGAAUCUCUCUGAGCCUAUCAUGAACGCCUCUUUCUCAAGAACGACACGCCAAGAACGCCUGACUUGCUUUCUCGCUACGUCGAGGUGACGACGGCGAACGCCCAACGGCGAACGCCCAACGGCGCGAAGCGGCGAAGGGCGGAGCAUCGAUCCAUUCGAGCGGAAUCGGUUGGAG